AGCGACAAACACAACAACAAUGCCGCCAGCGCAGACGCACGCAGGCCAGACAAUCAGGCAGGCCCGCGCUGUCGUCAAACCCGUCCUCGCAAACCCAUACGCCACGCCAUGGCCCACGCUCCCCAACCACCUCCAGAACGGCGUUAUGGCCGCGCUGCCGCAGCUCGUUCCCGACUCCGUGGCCGAGUACCACACAGACAGGGCGCGGUGCUCGCAAGCCGCGAAGCGGGCGCGCCGCAAAGUAAAGCGGGGGAUGGACGUAGACGCGCCAAGCGAUGAAGCGCCAAGCGAUGAAGCGCCAAGCGAUGAGGUGCCAGGCAAGGAGCCGCCAAAGGAUGACAACGUACCCUCCCGCCCAGAAAUCCUCGACCACCUCGUCCUGGGGCUCAACGAGACGAUCCGCGCCCUCGAGACGGCUAUCUCCUCCCUCCGCCUCCGCAUGACGCUCCUCGCCGAGGGACGUGACCCCGCUUCCGCCCGCUUCCUCCCCACCGAGCCGGGCGCCACGCCAGAACCAGACGCCGCGGGCAUCACUUACCUCCUGAUCCCUCACACGUCUGUGUCACCCCUCGCAUUGAUCGACCCCCUCCCGACGUACUGCGCGACGUACAAUACACUGCUGCGACAGGCGUACAGCCUGCCCAACGUGAAGAAGGGUGCGUUGGGGGACGCGAUCCGCAUCGUGCCCCUCGGCAAGCGCGAGCCGGAGCUAGCGCUCGCUGCGGGCCUGCGCCGCAUCACGAGCAUCGGUGUGCGCGCCUCGCAUCCGGCCGUCGGCGUACUCGAGCGCCUGCUGCAAGCCGCGCUGCCGCCACCUAGGCACAGCAUGACACUCCCGUGGCCGACGACGGCGCUGGCGGUGCACACGGGCAAGGAUGGGCAGAAGGAAACUGAGCCGGCGGGUGAAGCAGGGAAGAAGGCGGAAGGGAGGGCCGAGGGCCCAUCGCACCCGCCCAUCGCGUACGCUCCGCUGCACAUCAAGGCCAUCCACACGAGUGCGCCUGCCGACCCCGGCGCGCGGAAGGCGCAGCGCCUGGCCGAGGUGCGCGCAAAGCGCGUCGAGAAGAAGGCCAACCGCUUCGCGGCCCGCAAGGAGAUGGAGCGCAAGGUGCGCUCCGAGUUGUCGGGUAAGUUCGUUGGCGCCGGCAAGGGGCGUGCUAGCCGGCGUGCAGCCAAGGCCGCGAAGGCGGAAGGGAGAGCCAAGGGGGCGGACAAGAUGGUCGUCGCAUGACCAUAAUCAGCAUGGAACGUGUACACAUCAAUGCAUUAGGACGUGGCUGUCAAGAAUGGUGUCGUGACGCUACAUGAUAUAGCUGGGCGGGGGGCGCGCCUUGGGUUUCGAGUCCACCGAGCUCGAAGCAGUCUGCACGGCGUUGCCGUAUGCUCUCGGCGCAUCUAAUGUGAGGCUGGCGAGCUGCGCCAUGGCAUUGGCGUGCGCAGCCGUCGGCGGGGAUGCAAGCGGGCCAGCGAGGACGAGAGCGAUUUCCGGCGGCACGCUCUGUUCCACCUCUCCGUUCCCCUCCUCCUCUCCCUCCUUCUCCU